AUGGCGCAAACAAGGAAUUUUGUCGACUAUGUGGAAAGGGAAUGUAAUUUCGUACAAAACCCAUUCCUGGUUUAUUCCGAAGAAGUUGAUCUAGUUGAACGGAAUGACCCUCAGAGCGUUGGAAGAAAAGCAACAGACAGACGAUUACACAAAAGUGUCAAUUAUAAAGAAGAUAUAACAAAUGAGUUACGGGAGUUUAAAGCUAAAAAUCCCACUCAACAUACCAUAUUUGUACAAAAUAAAAAAUACCACUUGGGAGAAAGGAGUGUUUUUGAAAGACUAACAGACCCAAAGUACUACACUGGAAUACACCGUCAACGAUUCGAUGAAAAUGGGAAUGGCAGAGGUUUGGCAGGGAGAGAAAAUAUAUACCUGUUUGAUGGGAAUACUGAAUCAUAUAGCAGAGUUCACGAGGUAUAUUCCUCAGUUUUACGAAAACCUAAAACCACACUAACACCCGGAAUUCUGGGUACUCAAAAGUUUGGAGUUCAGAUAGCUACUCCAAAGCUUAUGUGGAUAUAUCGCAACGGGGACAAAUUUCACAAUGGAAUCCCCUUUUAUGUUCGCCCAUUUAUCAAGAAUAUGGAUACGCUUUUCUAUGAAAUCUCAAAGGAACUAACUUUGAUAGCAGGACCUAUUCGCAGAAUUUACGAUCAAAAUUUGAAGCGUAUUCGUGACAUUAACGAGAUUAUUGAUGGAGCAAAAUACUUGUGUACAUCAGGUGAACCUCCAACUUCCAAAGAUCGUCUGGAAAAAUUCAUGAGUGAAUGGGUAAUUCAACGAAUUUAUAGCUAA